AUGGAACCGGUGGCGGCCGACGAGAUCCUCCUGCGCAAGAUCUUGCUGGGGCUGCCGACGAGGGCCGUCGCCCGCGGCCGCUGUGUGUCCACGCAGUGGCGCGGCCUCCUCUCCGACCCGGCCUUCCUCGACCUCCACGCCCACUCCGCCCACGUCGUCUCCGGCGCCCGCGCCGCCGCGGAGGCGCUGCUGGUCUCCCGGACCGAGCCGGAGCCCGGCCUGGUCCCCAAGACGACCGUCUACAACGUCUGCACGGCGGCGACCAUGUGCGUUCUCAACUUGCUCGCCGGGUACACCCCCGCCCAAGCCUGCAACGGCUUCGUCCUCUUCGUCGCCAACAACGCCACCUGGCUGCCGCUCGUCAUCUGCAACCCCAUCACCGGCGUCAAGCUGGCGGUUGACCCGCCGCUCAGGAGCGAGACGUCGAGCGUGUUCUGGAACUCUCACUGGCACAUGGACGCCAUGGGGUACAGCCCGUCGACGCGGGAGUACAAGCUCUUCCGCCUCUCCUUCUCGGCCAGCGGCGACCAAGGGCUGCUCGACGUCAACUACCUGCAGGUGUUCACCUUGGGCCGUGGGCCCGGGGCAGGCGUGUGGCGCCGCCGCCAAGGCCUCUUCACCUGCCACGCUAUGGGCUCGCCGCCGGCUCUCAUCGAUGGCACCUUGUACUUCCUGGCCAAGCAGCAGGACCGAGACAGGAAGCCUGACAGCCUGAUGAUCAUCGACGUGGCCACCGAGACAUGCCGCACGUGCCGCCUCCCCAUCUACUACACAGAUGAAGCCGUGGCCCAUGUCCUGGAGCUUCAAGGCCGCCCAAGCGUCGCCAUGCAUGAACUCAGCCCAACGAACCGCCUCAGGUUCUUUGUCCUGGCGGCGGCGCCGCCGUCGCUCUGCUGGCAGCUGCGCUACAUCUUUGAGAUGGGCGCCACUCACCUUGUCCACCAACCUCGCCAGUACCCCUACCUGAGGGCCGCCUGGUUCGACGCCAAUGCCAACAGUGAUGACAACGCCGACACCAACGGCGGCAUACUCUACUACCUGUACGGUGACUGCGUGUACAAGUACGACACCUCGCAGGACCAGCCAUGCUUCGACAAGGUGUGGGAUGAUCAGAAGCAGCUGCACUCAUCGGACAUCAACCGAAGCGUGCUUCCCGGCUACCGUCCUAACCUACUCUCACCCGACGAUCUUGCCAUCACCCCGCGGCAAGCAAUAGAAGAGUUCGCGGUCAUGCUGGUAGGUGCACUCAGGGCGUUGAAGAAACGCCGCCGCUCGCCAAGCCCGCCCGCCACCGUGUGA